AUGUCCCGCAGGGGUCCGUGUUGGGGCCCCUGCUGUGGAACCUCGGGUACGACACGGUCCCGCAGAUUGCCUCCCCCCAGCUGUGGUGUCGUCUGUUACGCCGACGACACCAUCGUGGUGGUUGGGGGGUCCGACUGGGGCAAAGCGAGAAGGACGGCCGAGCAAGCCGUACAGCAAGUCGUGCGCGCCAUUGAGGUGGCGAGGAAAAAGACGGAGGCCCUAUAUUCCCACAGGGUCUUCGUCAGGGAUGGUCCCCCGCCAACCGAGAGGCCCUGGGUCCUGGUUGGCAACACCCCAGUCCAGAUCGGGCCCUACGUCAAGUACCUGGGCCUGAUACUGGACGGUUCCUGGAGCUUCGGUGAGCACUUCCGCUGGCUGGCCUUGCGUUUUGAGAGGGCGACGACCGCACUGGGUCGCCUGCUCCCCAACGUGGGAGGCCCCGGGGCGAGGCGGCACAUGGCCAUCAGGGCUGCGAGGACAUACCGUAUGACUUUCCACGCAUUGGCGACGACCCUGUCCGGCAUGCCUCCCCUGGAUCUAGUAGCGCGGGCUCAGGCCCGCGUUUACGAGCGGGCGCGACAGAUCCGGCAAGGGAGCGAGACGGUGAUGAACAGGGUCCGUCCCCUACUGAGGCUCCAGGCCCAGCGGUCCUUGAUCGAGGAGUGGCGCGCGCGCCUGAGCAGUUCAGGCUGCGUGGGCCAAUGGACCGUCGGGGCUCUGGCCCCGGUGCUAGCGGACUGGCUGGACCGGGGCUGGGGCAGGGUGUCCUUUCGGAUGGCGCAGGUGUUCACCGGAUACAGAUGUUUUGAGAAAUUCCUGUGCCGAAUCCGGAGGGAAUGCACGACUCGCUGUCACCACUGCCCGGUUGAUACGGGUAAGGAGGGGAACACCGCGCUCCACACGCUGGCGACAUGCCCGGCGUGGAAGCGUGAGCGCGGUGUCCUACGGGCGAGAUUGAUGUCCGGCGAGGACUUGUCCCUUGGCACUCUGGUGCGAGCGAUACUGAGGGACGAGUCCACUUGGGAGGCGGCCUUCUUCUUCUGUCAUGUCAAGGAAGGAUGA